ACAGUUAUUCACACGGCGUGGGUUAUGAAUUAUUAUACACUGCAUUGCAUGCUGCGCUUUGAGAAACUUGAUAUCCAACGGACAAUGAAUGAGAUUUGUUGUAAAAAGCUAUUCGUUCUAUCUCCUGUGGUGAUAUAAGAAUAGUUUUGUACUAACUGGUGCCAUUUGAAAAAGUUACUUUCAUACUUUCGAGGAACUCUGUUAGAGACAUCAUGUGGCAUAUGCUAGUGUGUGUCCUGAGAAGCAGUCACCGAAAUGUAGACCAUACAGAGCAACAUAGUGGAUCACUUUAAUCAACAGAACAACUAUUUUAUUGGCGUCCUACAAAGAUUCAGAUGAGAACCAGUUCCCCUUUCUCCAUGGAUUCACUAUUUUGGGGUUUGGAUGUCAGACUUUCUGCACCACCCGCUACUGAUGGGUGAAAAGUAUACUGAGGCAUAUAUCAAUCGUUUCAUAAAGUAUAGGAAUCGUUGAUAAUUGAUCAAUCACUGAUAUAGAGACGGAAGUGUUUCCCGAAGUUCUUAAGAAGUGAUAUUUGUUACUGACACCACAAACACUGAUAACAUCAUUUGAAGUGUGUCUGGAUUCAAGUUUGUAUGCUUCAAGGUUUCCUGUUUUAAGAUAAAAGCGAUAUCUUACCUAACAUGGUGCCUCAGUCGGACCUUUCUUUGUGGUUUUGGCUGACCGUCUGUACGCUCCUCAUUGGGUCUUCAUUGACCAGUGGCUAUCAGUAUGGUGUUAUUACUGGACCAUCACAGUUUGUCAAAGAAUUUUACAAUGAGACUCACAUCUAUCGCUAUGGUUCACCAUUAGAUGAAUACGGACAGGCCUGGUUAUGGGCUAGCACUAUUACAGUCUUCUGUAUCGGUCGUAUUGUGGGUGCCGUGGCAGGGGCAAAAUUGUCUCACAAAUUUGGAAGGAGCCGUACAUUGAUUGGCAACAGUGCAUUUUCCAUUGUAACAUGUAUCUUAAUGGGGAGCAGCGAAGCCGCUGGGUCACCCGAGCUUCUCAUUUUCUGUCGAGCAAUGAAAGGUCUCGAUGUUGGUAUUUCGUUGACCAUAGUCCCUGUGUAUCUCAGUGAGAUCAGUCCUAAGAGAAGACGAGAUUCUAUCUGUGGGCUCCACCAAGUAUUAUUCACUGUCGGCAUUGUCCUCGGCCAGAUAAUGGGUUUCUUCGUGUUCAAAGGCAGAAAUAUUUGGCCUGGCGCUCUUGGGUUGCCCGCCCUCAUCGAUCUCUUCCAGAUAGUUCUUCUUCUGUUUUGUCCAGAGAGUCCUGAUUGGUUGCUUCAUGUUAAGUUUGCAGAGGAAAAAGCGGCUGGAGCUCUUCGUCAACUUCGGGGUGAAGAUGAGGUUGAACAGGAGAUCCAGGUUCUUCGUGAUGACCACCGUUUCAAUUCAAGAAUCGUCCGGGCAAGCGCAUGGGAGGUUAUCUUCCUCAGGGAUGCUAACUGGAAAAUGCCGUUACUUAUGUGCAUCUUACUGCGGUUAGCCCGACAACUUUCCGGUAUUAACGCGAUUAUUUUCUACUCGAAUGAAAUAUUUUUGUUUGCUGGAUUGACAGACGUACAAACUGGAUUAGGAUCUCUGGCUUGGGCUGCUUGUUACUCUACGGCUACUGUUGUUGAGUAUUUUGCAAAUCUAUCAAGAUUUCAACGGAAGCCUUUGCUUUUCUCAAUGUAUGGGCUGCUGACGAUAAGUGCCAUUGCUUUUACAUUGUUCCUGAUUUUCGAGUACCGUGUUUCAUGGCUGUCGUGGUUUGCCCUCGUAGCUAAUUGUGUAUUUUUCAUCGCAUUCCCUCUGGGUCCAGAAAUAUUUACACCCUUGGUAUGUUCUGAACUGUGGUCUGUUGGUCCAAGGAAGGCCGCCCUCUCCGUUACCCAACAUAUAGGUUGGUGGGUCGACGUCGUCAUCCAAUUUUGCUUUCCCGCUCUUUUAGUAGCCAUUGGCGCCUACACUUUCAUCAUUUUCGCUGCUUCCCUUGCCAUCACCACCCUCAUCAUACUCCUUUACCUGCCCGAGACGAAGGAUCGGCGGUUCGUCGAAGUAUCGACAGGAUUCGAAGAAAUGAAAAACCCGGAUGGUGACGAGGACCAGAGUUUCACAAAAUACCAGGAAGGGUAUUCCCCUUUACCGCUUAUGAAUCGAUGAUGACUAUGAGGAGAAAGGGAAAAUCUAAUAUUACAAUGUUCGGAAGUGCAAUACAGGCAUAUGGUUUUCAUUGCUAUGAAGGCUGAAUUAACAGAAUAGCAUAACUUAAGGUGAACUGACUUUACUGAGUUUUCAAAAUCAUCAUCUUUUUUCGCCUGCACGGUAUUUAUUAACAUGAUAUUAUUAACAUGUCAGAAAUCCAAAACAGGGGCCGCGGAACGGUUUUCAAAGUGGGGGGCUGAACCAAAAGUGGGGGGAGGGGGGCUGGCCAUGCAAAAAAUCACAAUCAUAUGGUCAUAUUUACGUUUUUGUACACAGUUUUGGGGAAAAGUGGGGGGGGGGCUGAAGCCCCUCCAGCCCCCCGCUUCCGCGGCCCUUGUAAGAGGCAUACACCUUAUUGUUGCAAUGUUUGGUAGACCUCUGACAAGCUUUCGUGUUUUGGGAACGACAUUUGUAUGGUGUCCAUCGUGUUCUUCGCCUUUAUUAUCAUGCUGACAAUACAAUGAGAACCCUUUUUUUUUACAUCGCACAUUAUUGAUACUGUUUUGUUUACCAAUGAAGAUGUAGAUUAUUCUUUUAGAUGUACUUUGAUAUCACAAGUGAAAUAAUCGUGUUUAAAUAACUCAUUUUCUUUACGUGUAAUGUCAUUUCAGUUAUAAUUGCCUCGGUUGGCUGAACUAUAGUAUAUUUACUCAUUUGAGUGAAGUAUCAGGCUUCCAUUCAUCAUUCUUUAAGGGUGCUAAAAAUUAUAUUCCUAUGUAAAUCAUAUUUUAAAUAAUGUAAACAAAAAAAUACAAUUUGGUUUUGUAGGAAUAUCCUUUGCAAAUGUGCUAUUAAGGAGUAUUUUUUUCAAGGAUGAAUAACAGCACUCUAUCUUAAUGACGAUGAAAUAAGACAUUAUAGUCUUCACUGGAGUGUUGAUGCGAUGGAAUAAGAUUCAACCUGUUCAAACAUGCAUAUUUGCCCUUGGGUAGGCCUUUAUAGAUUGUUUAAUAGUGAUUAAAUUAAUUUAAGAUUUAUUUUAAGUUGUAGUACACACGAAUUGCACAUAUGGAUUUAAAUGAAUGGUAUUAUGCAUUUUAAUGUGUCUUUGUAUCUCAAAAAUGUGAGAUGCACAAAUGUUGACAAAUAGCUAACCAUUAGGGCAUCAGUCGAGUCUUUUCCCAGAGGCAAUCUUGUAUGUGCAUGAAACUCUGUUUCUUCAAUAUUUGGAUGUGGAUGUAUAUUAGAUAAAAAUGAGAUAUAUGGCAGUAAUAUUAAUCAUAGAAUAGUUCAUUCAUUAACAUGAAUAUGUUGGUAUGUAGAUACAUUACUACAUUGGUUAAUGGUGAAGGGAGAUUGAAAAAAAAGAGAAAGGAAAGAAAUAAAGUAUGAGGGAGUGGGAGCGAGAGAGAGAGAGAGAGAGAGAGAUGGAAUUACUUUUGAAUUAUUUCUAACUACAGUGAUUAUCGUUUUUAUAAUCUUUUGAUAUGAAUGUUGCAAAAUUAUUGAAAUUAGAUGAAAAUUACUUUGCAAAUUAAAAAGUAAACCUGUUAAUCUCUAGAAAUUUGUAACCGUGUUCCACAACAACAUACUUUGAUUGGCCUGUUUUACAAAGGCAUCUAUUUUGUAUAAUAUUUGUAUUUGUAAAUUACAGAUUCGAAUAAUUUUGUUAUUGAAAUUAGGUAAUAAUUUGCAUUCUUUAUAAUAGAUUUGCAAGAUCUAUGCACUUACCAGCAUUUGAAAUAAACUAUCUAUAUAAACAAUUUGUGUAUGCAAUAUUAAUAAAUCUUCGAAAUCAUUAUCUUAGAAUAAGAAUAUGAUGACAUGUACUUUGAUAUUCAUGGUAUAUCGUAUUUUAUCUUAUCCCGUUCUAAGGUGAACAAGUUGAUUUACUUGUUGUUAAUUUGGAUUUAUAUGAGGUUAAUGAAAAUAAAGCAAAAUAUUUUUUCAUGA